AGGACGUUGUUCCUCCUGCAGCCCCCCCAGUCUAUCCCGACGUAGUUGUGAAUUGAACAUGGCGACUGUACCAGUAUAUUGCAUCUGCAGAUUACCUUACGACGUGACCCAGUUUAUGAUCGAGUGCGAUGCUUGCAAGGACUGGUUCCACGGCAGCUGUGUUGAGGUGGAUGAAGAUGACGCUCCAGAUAUCGAUAUAUAUCACUGUCCAAACUGCGAGAAGACCCACGGAAAAUCCACAUUGAAAAAGAAAAAGAACUGGAGCAAACAUGAUAUGGGGCAAAACACAGAUAUCAAAGCUGUUCAGAAUGGCAGUCAAGUUUUUAUAAAGGAGCUUCGCAGUAGGACAUUUCCAAGUGCGGAUGAUGUGGUGGUUAAGCUCAGCGGCAGUCAGCUGUCCAUGGAAUACCUGGAGGAGAGCGGCUUCAACGAGCCCAUCAUGGUGCAGAAGAAAGACGGUCUGGGUAUGUCAAUGCCGGCCCCCACCUUCUACAUCAGUGAUGUGGAGAACUACGUUGGUCCUGAUGUGGGCGUGGACGUGGUCGACGUCACCAAACAGACUAACAGCAAGAUGAAGCUCAAAGAGUUUGUGGAUUAUUACUACAGCACAAACAGAAAGAAAGUGUUAAACGUCAUCAACCUGGAAUUCUCCGACGCAAGGAUGAACAGUAUUGUGGAGAGUCCCCAGAUUGUGCGGCGGUUGUCUUGGGUAGAAAACUACUGGCCUGAUGACGCUCUGCUCGGCAAGCCAAAAGUCACCAAAUACUGUCUCAUCUGUGUCAAAGACAGCUAUACAGACUUUCACAUUGAGUGCGGUGGCGCCUCCGUCUGGUACCACGUCCUAAAGGGAGAAAAGAUCUUCUUCCUCAUCAAGCCCACCUCUGCCAACCUGUCUCUGUACGAGCGCUGGAGGUCAUCGUCCAAUCACAGCGAGAUGUUCUUCGCCGACCAGGUGGACAAGUGUUACAAAUGCACUCUGAAGCAAGGCCAGAGUCUGUUCAUCCCAUCAGGUUGGAUCAAUGCAAUACUGACUCCAGUCGACUGCCUGGCGUUCUCCGGACACUUCGUCCACAACCUGAGUGUGGAAAUGCAGAUGAGAGCGUAUGAAAUCGAGAAGCGGCUAAAGGUCAAAUCUCUCACCCCCUUCCCCAACUUCGAGACGGCGUGCUGGUAUGUGGGACGACAUCUCCUCGAGCGAUUCAAAGGUUUACACAAAGCAAAUAAGCAACCAGCUCCGUACCUGAUACACGGUGCCAAAAUCAUCAAUGGAGCCUUCAGAGCUUGGACUAAAAAGCAGGCCCUCUUGGAACAUGAAGACGAGCUUCCAGAGAACAUGAAACCCUCGCAGCUCAUCAAGGAUCUUGCCAGAGAGAUUAGGCUAUCAGAGAAUGCAACAAAAGCCAUCAAGAGUGAGCCCAGCAUCAAGGUUCCAGUGGAGGAGCCCCCAUCCACCCACUCCGAGCCAGAAGAGCCCGUUUCCCCAGCCCACGUCCCCUCGCCCAGCAGAGAGAAAGCCAGAAAGAAAGCCUCCAAACCCCCGAAACCUCCCAAACCUCCCAAACCCCCAAAGAUGCCCAAGGCCCCGAAGCCUCCGAAGGUGCCGAAGGUCAAGGAAGGAGGGAAGAAGAAAGCGAAGAAGGCGAAAGAGACAUCGCCGCCUCCCAAACCCUCCAGCUUUGCAGCGCUGGAGUCUCACGCAAAGGACAUCUUGAGUAAAAUGGACCAGCCGAAGAAGACCAAGGCUGUAAAGAAUGUCCUGAGCAUGUCAGAGAAGGAAAUCUCAAAGCAGAACAACGUAGAGAAGUUUGAAAUGAGAGAGCAGAAUAAAAACAAGACCGAAGCAAAAUGGAAGUAUAAGAAUAGUAAACCAGAUUCCCUGCUGAAAAUGGAGGAGGAGUGCAAAUUUGACAGAACACCGCUGUCAGGCAAUAAAGACAAAUUCAGCUUUACUACGUCUCACAAGAAAAUGCUUGGCUCCAAGACGCUGAAACCUCAGACCAACUCAAGUGUUUUCGGAUCAUUACAAAACCUAAAAGAGGACAAAAGCAAGCCAGUGAGAGACGAGUAUGAGUACGUCUCAGAUGAGGGGGAGCUGAAGAUUGACGAAUUCCCCAUAAGGCGGAAAAAGAACACCGUUAAGAGAGAUCUUUCCUUUUUGUCAGACAUCAGAGAACCCAUUCAGCCAGCCAAAAAAACGAAGUUCCAACCCUUGGUGACCAAGAGCGCGGACUCCUCAGAUGAAGAGACUCUGCACAUAGACACAGAGGUCAAGCCUGAGGUCAAAGGUCGCAACUCUAAGGUCAAGAAAAAGGGCGGCAGUGCUGCAGGGAUUCUGGACCUGCUGCAGGCCAGCAAGCAAGUGGGUGGGAUUGACUACAGCACCAACAGUCAGCCACCUGCAUCUCCCAGCACACAGGAGGCCAUUCAGGGCAUGCUGUCCAUGGCCAACCUGUCGUCUUCAGACAGCUUGCAGCAGCCGUGGAGCAACAGCCAGUCCAAAAACAAUAGCCAGUCGAAGAGCAACUCGCACAGCUCGCAGGCCAGCAAGAAGGCCGGCGGAGGGGUCGGAGGAGGCAACAACAGCAAGCGGCCCGCCAAACGCCUCCCGAAGAAGCCCCGGAAAAGCAGCAGCAUCGAGAGUCUGGAUUACGACGACGACCAGGAUCACAUGGACGCCUGCUUCAAGGACUCAGAUUACGUUUACCCUUCGUUGGAGUCGGAAGAGGAUAAUCCCGUUUUCAAAUCCAGAUCGAAAAAACGGAAAAGCAGCGACGACACUCCAUACAGCCCGACAGCCCGUGUAGGACCCUCGAUUCCUCGACAGGAAAGGCCUGCGAGAGAAGGAGCCAGAGUGGCCUCCAUAGAAACGGGGCUGGCAGCGGCUGCAGCAAAGCUUUCACAUCAGGAGGAGCAGCAGAAAACAAAGAAGAAGAAGAAGACAAGCACCAAAAAGAAGGCAAUAACGAUUGAGGAACCCCCGAAAAUCUCUCAGGACAGUAGCUCGCCGGAACAUCAUCUGGACUCCCAAGACGGUAGCCUGACAGACCACGAGUUCAACACUGGAACGGUCAAGUCGCCGGGGGGGCCGCAGCCCAUGGCCCCGGGGGUUUUCCUCAGCCACAGGCGACCAUCCAUGUCCUCUCCCAACAACAGCACCAACUCCACAAGCACCAACAGCAGCAGCCUGGCGAAGGGAGAACGUGGCGGGUCAGCGGACGCUAAAGCUAAGCGGCUAAAGAAAGGCAUGGCAACAGCCAAACAGAGACUUGGAAAGAUUUUAAAGAUCCAUCGAAACGGAAAGCUCCUCCUGUAGCAUGCAGCAGAACUAUUGUAGGACUGGGAAUUCAUGAGCUGGGUCCCAUCCCAACCUCACCCCCACCCCCCCCCCCCCCCACCCCCCCUGUUCACUGAUUAAAGCCAACAAUGGAAAGGAGAAGAGAAGGAAAAAAAAAAAAAAACUGAAACAAGACGGGAGACGAAGAAAAUCAUGCAUUUUUCAAUUUCUAAGAAGAACAUCACGCAAAUAGGUUUUUGCCUCUACUUAUACUUUAUAACUUUCAGAUAUUAAAGUGUACAGAACCUACUAUAAAUAUUUUUUAAGAGAACAUGUCUCAUUUUACUACAGCUGUCAGUUUAUCAGGGGUUGCUAAAACAUGAAGUAGAAGUACAUUGCAGUCAUUCCAAGAUUUCUGAAAGUAUCCCUUGCAUGUAUUCAGUUGCAUGUGCGCUUAGGUCAGGGUUUGGGGAUUUUACAGAUUAAUUCCUAUAUAUGGAUGCAGCUUAUCAUUGCCACGCUGAUGAUCGAACAGUUGAAAUGGAAAAAAAAUCACAUCCUUCCUUCCUUCUUUCUUUCCCAGCCAAGAUUGUGUUUAUCAUACAGCACCGUUUUUUUUUGAUUGGAGUCAACUCGAGCAUUUACCUCUUUAUGUUAACACUUAAGUUUGCAAAGCACUAUCAGCAGUGAUAUUUAUUUAUUGGUGUCGAGUCAUAGAUAGGAAGUGGGAUUUGACGGGACGGCCGUAAAGCACAAAGUGACUCAUGAGUAAACGCUGCGUAUUAAACAGCAGCAGCGUCCGGGCGUUCCUCACACUUAAACAUAGGAUCAUGUGGACUGAGGGUUUUGGUAGGUUUCGAUAUGAAAGGCAUAGGAUCUGUGACACUACAUGGAACCUGUAGCCAAUGAUAAGCCUCAUCCAUGUCAGGUCUGCAGUUACAUGGAGAUACUUUCUCUCUUCUUUUGCUUUCACAGGCAGCACCAACAACCGGCUUCACACAGUACAGUAUAUAGAAUGUAGCUUGUACAUAGCCUUUUAAAUUACUACUUUUUGUAUCCUUUCCCCUUCAGGCUUAAUUCUACAUUUUUACUGGUUUUGCUAAUUAUGAAUAAAUGAAUAAAAUAUAUAUAUGGAUAUACAGUAUAGUCCUAAUUUUUAAACCUUUAUUUUAUUUUGGGUUGUUUUUUUAUAGCAGAGUUUCAUUUUUAACUUGUUUUUUUCUUUUCGUUACAUUUUAAAAGGUGUUGCCUGGAAAACAACUGAAGAAAUAAUACAUUUUAUUGUCAUAUGGCCUUACAUACACAAAGCUAAUUGUAUUGUGAUUCUGUUUGAAUAAGAGACGAAGCUUUGAGGAAAAAUAUAAAUGGAGAAAAAAGAAGAAAAGAAAAAAAACACCCAACACUUAAAGUUUCUAUGACCAGCCUCUUGUUCGAGUUCUAGUAUCCUGAAGGUUUCGGAAUUAUUUUACUAGCACCUUGUGAAGUGUUUAUGUGUCAGUGAUGUAAUUUAUUAAUGUUUGUAGCUUUUUUAUACUUGUACAAUUCUUAAGAGUUUUUUUUUUGUUUUUGAAUAUUUCAUCAACUUGUGAAAUUACCCUUAGCAGACAAUUCAUUUCUUUUUUUUUCUUUUUUUUCUCCUUUUUUUUUUUUUAGAUGUGUGUGUUUUGGGGGGCAUCAAGAACAUUUACACACUAGAAAUUACAUUAGCAAACUUUUUUUUUUUUUUUUUUUUUAAAUCUCCAUCCUGUCUUCACUCAAUGUUUAUGUCAUCAUGGUGUCAUGGUAAACAUUUCCAAUGUGACAUUAUUAUUAUUGUUACUAUUCUAGUUAUAAGCAGCUUCGUCAUCACCUCCAUCAAGCCGUUUUUUGUUUUAUUCUUUCUUUUCGGUCAAAACAUUUUUAACACGGUUUUAAAGUGCUAUACUGUAUAGCGGCAGUGUUUUAGUCACAGAUGUACACUAUGCGUCCACUUCUCGGAAAGAGAGAUGCGCUCCGAUCAAACUCUGUCAGUGGGACAUAUUUUCAGGUUUUUAUUUGUACAAUAUGUGUGUUGCUUUGUUGUGGGUUAUUUUUGUAUGUCCGACCUAUUAAAUGCAUCCACUGUGCCAGGACAGUGAAUGAUA